AUGGCUGCCAGGGACAAAUUCUACCAUCCGUACUCUCCCUACGACAUCCAGCUCCAGUUUAUGAGCUCUCUGUAUGACUGUCUUGAAGCUGGUAAAGUCGGUAUCUUCGAGUCUCCCACAGCCGACGACGACGAGCCGAAUUGGAUGCUCGAGUAUUCUAAGAAGGAGAAAACUCAGGCUUUAACGCAGAAAUGGCGAGAACUGGAAGACAGGCUGGCCAGGAUUAGAAAAGAGGAGGAAAGGAAGAAGAAGAAGGAGAAGCUGUUACACAGCUUCCCGAGACUGAGCAAAAAACAGAAAACGGAUGUUGUCGCCCAAGGUACCGCGGCCGACGAAAGCUUCUUUGAGCUCGACCACUAUGAAAGCGAUACAGAGAUUGGGAAGAACGCUUCAAACCCUGGACUAGGCAACAUAGAAGGAUUAUCUGCUAGUACUGUAGCGUUACUCGACCGCUUCAAAGGUCGAGACACAGACCGAAAGGAGGAUGAAAGCGAACUCGAGAACCAAACCAAGAUUUACUACUGUUCACGCACUCAUUCUCAACUGUCUCAAUUCGCUCAAGAGCUUCGAAAGGUGAACCUUCCGUCAAGCCUCCCCUCGCUUCCAGGGGACGGACCAAUACAAGAACAUGCCGAGCUCGAAGAGAUAAUCAAACACCUCACUUUAGGCUCUCGCAAACAGCUUUGCAUUAAUCCUCGAGUUUCAAGCCUGGGAAACCCAACAGCAAUUAAUGAACGAUGUAUGGAACUUCAACAGUCGGGAGUCGCUUCAAACAAAAAGUGUUCGUACUUGCCAACCAAAGAAUCCGAGGACCUUUUGUCGGAGUUUCGUGAUCAUGUGUUAUCGACUGUCCAAGAUAUAGAGGACAUAGGUUUCAUUGGCAAGCAGCUCGCCAUCUGUCCUUAUUAUGCUGCGCGGACAGCUGUUAAUCAUAGCGAGAUUGUUACUAUUCCGUAUCCUCUACUACUUCAGAAGUCUUCGAGAGAGGCUCUGGGCUUGUCGCUCCGUGACCAUGUCGUUAUCAUCGAUGAAGCACAUAAUUUGAUGGAUGCCAUUGCAAACAUACAUUCUAUUUCUGUCACGUUGGAUCAACUUCGGACUUCAUUAUUUCAGCUAACGACCUACGCACGGAAAUUCCAGACACGGCUCAAGGGUAAAAACCGGGUGUAUGUGACCCAAGUUAUCAGACUCGUCAGUUCGCUUGCAGACAAUCUUCACUCUCUUGCUCAGAAGAACAAAUCAUCAGAAGUGAUCAUUCAAUACUCAGAUCUUGUAUCUGGAAAAGGAGUAGAUCAAAUCAAUCCCUACAAACUCUCCCGGUACCUGCAGGAAAGCAAACUCGCAAGAAAAGUCGAUGGCUACGUUGAGCAUAACACUCAGUCGAACAGCGCAGACAAAGCGGUAAAGACGACAGUGCCAGUUCUCUUUCAAGUACAGAGUUUUAUCCUGACGCUGAUGAAUCCCUCUGAUGAGGGUCAACUGUUCCUUGAGAAAACGAACGAUGGCAUACUAUUGAGAUAUAUGUUAUUGGAUCCAACGAACCAUUUCAGGGACAUUGUGGAUGAAGCACGGGCUGUCAUUCUGGCAGGAGGCACUAUGUCGCCGAUGUCCGACUACGCCGACCACCUAUUCUCAUAUGUGUCACCAGACAGGUUAGAUACUUAUAGUUUUGGGCAUGUCAUCCCACCGAAGAACCUAACAGCCCAUAUCCUCGCCAAAGGCGUCCUUGGUUCUGAUUUCAAUUUCACUUUCGACCAGCGAAACUCGGAAACAAUGAUCGCAGAUCUGGGACAGACAGUGGCCAAUCUUUGUGCGGUGAUACCGGAUGGCGUUGUGGCCUUCUUUCCAAGUUACGAAUAUCUGAAGCAGGUGCUUAAUGCCUGGAACAAGCCGUCAAAAGCUGGGGGAGGAGCGUCAUUAUACUCUACCAUCGAGAAAUACAAGCCAAUACUAUAUGAAAAUCAGAAAAAAGACAACUCUACCGACGAUAUUCUCCUUGAAUACUCGAAAAAAGUUGAUUCUGGAUCCGGAGCGCUUUUACUCUCGGUUGUCGGUGGCCGUUUGUCUGAGGGCAUCAACUUCUCUGACAAGCUAGGCAGAGGUGUCCUUAUUAUUGGUCUUCCAUUCCCAAACAUUCAUUCUGCCGCAUGGAAAGCAAAGAUAGGGCACAUCGAGAAACAGACAUACGCAAAGCGUCAAGAUGAACCCGAAUCUACCAGACGAGCAAUCGCAAAAGCGGCCGGAAGAGACUUCUUUGAAAAUUCGUGCAUGAGAGCAGUGAAUCAAUGCAUUGGAAGGGCUAUUCGACAUCGAAAUGACUACGCGGCUAUUAUCAUGAUUGAUAGGAGAUAUGAGACUUCUCGCAUUCAAGCGAAGCUUCCGGCGUGGAUACGGCAGAGUCUUGUCUCUGAUGUGAAAGCGUCUUCUUUGUGUCAGGAUGGCCUUGUGUCCUUUUUCAGGUCACACUAA